GCAGUGUGUGUGUGACGUGCAGAAGUCUUUGAGCGCAGCAGAGAGCUACAACCAGAUACCAGCGGCUGAUUUCACAGUACUGCUCCGCUGUGCCCAGGAUGUGGGUUUGUCUGUUAAACCGUGAUGUGUGUGGUGAAUGAAUGGCAGUGGAACUGAGCUGGAGACACUUUGCCUUGGACUUUUUGGACUCUUUGGGUGCAUACAGAGGUUAUGGAUGUUGGACAGUAAGUUACAGAACCUGAACGGUGAAGAUGCAGCACACCUCGUGUACAGAGGACAGAAUCCAGCAUGCUCUGGACAGGUGUCUGGAUGGGCUGAGACAAAGCCCCACAGCAGCGCACCACUGGAACGUGCUGAUGUGCUCUGCGGGUCAGUCGAUGAACCGCUGGAGCCUGGAGGAAAUGGUGAAGAGGGACCCUGAAAACUUCCUCAUCCUCUUACAACAGAUCAUAAGGAAGACCAAAGAGGUUCAGGAGCAGUGUCAGUAUGAGCUGGUGGCUCCCCUCGCCAUCAUGUUUGCCUCCACGCUGCUUCAGACACCAUACUGUCCUCCAGACACACAGCUGCUGGAGGAAGCUAUUGAGGUGUUUCGCUGCUUCCUCACCUGGCCUGAGCCUUACAGCAGCGUGUGUAGAAACCUCCUCUCCACACUACAGCUUGAGAUUAAGGCCCCAGGGAUUUCUUUUCAGAGACUGGUGAGAGAAGAGCAAGGCCUUAUCACCUCCAGUCUGUGCUCCAAGACCAUGACUGUGUUGCUGAUGAACCCAAACGAGGUGCCCCCCGACUUUCUUUCAGUGGCUAAGCAGCUCAGUUGCAUUCAGCAUUCGCAGAAAGAGACCUACAUCACACUGAUCAAACACACCUUCCAGUCCACACUUGGCACCAAGUACCCUCUACAUAGCAUCCACAUAGCCCUGCAGGCAAAAACUGUGAAUGAACUUGGGGAUAUCUUCUCCGAAGUAAGUGACGUCUUAGAGACGGCUGCUGCCAUGAGUGAUCCUCUGAUGGGCCGCAGUCAUGUGAUCCAGGAACUUGAGCAACUGAGGGAGAGGAUGAGAAUCCCAGCAUCCAGUGGAAGAAAGUCUGAUGGAAUGCUACAAACUCUACCCUUGCCUACAGCCAAAUGUUACAUGUUUCACUGGGAAAAAGAUAACUUUGAUGUUCUGAACACCCUUUUGGAGCAUGACCCCGAUGACCUGGCCAGUAAUGGGCAUACUGAGGAGGACGAGGAGGUAGACAUUGAUGAUGAUGACGAGGAUGAUGUGACAGAGCUGGAUGUAGAAGAAGAGGAGGAGGAAGAGGACAAAGAAGAUGAGGAACAUGGAGUGGAACUGCCGUCGAUGUCUAUCAUCCCUAAUGGCUGCGCCAACCACCGUGCCUCCACCUUCUCCACCAUCUCCUCCCUGUCUACUGCCUCCAAAGACUCCAUGUUUUCCACCUUGUCGGUAACCUCAGAGUCCUAUGCUCCGUCCCUUUUCUCUGUCACCUCUGGAGUUGAUAGUGACUACUUUGAAGAUUCUGAUGACUAUAUCUGCUCCUCUCCCAUCGCUGACAAAGGAUCACCAAAGUCUGUCAACAAAGCUUCGGCUCGGCUCAGCCAGCACUUGUACCGGCUCUUCAUCAAACCCAAGAGCCCUCGGUCUCUGUCCCGGGCCAAAAGCUUAGGAAACACAGAAUCAAAAGACCUUUUAGUGGUGCGAGAGAAGCGCUCUAACUCUCUACCACAGCAAGUCAAGUUACGUAGUCCCGAGCCCCUACUCCACCCACAAAGUCAAACUCUCAGACAUGUCUGCUUCCGAAGGAGGCCUAUUCUCAGCAGUGAUGAGGACAGUAAGAAUACUACACUGAGGGUGGUGGUGUUCGGUGCUGAUCAUGUAGCAGGGAAGUUGGCCCGGGCCUACAAUAGCCUGAGGAGGAAGGAGAGUACAUGUCCACGUCUCAGCAGGGCCUUUAAGCUUCAGUUCUACUUUGUGCCUGUGAAGAGAGACUCUGCAGCAGGGCCAGGGGGUCUGAAAUCCCCUAGUCCAGUGGUUCAGACUGGAACUCUCAAAGGAGCUGCCCUGUCUAAUGAUCUUCACCUCACGGCCACAGGGGACAGUACUAACGACAUUGCCCAUCUCCUUGGUAUGUUGGACCCUUGGUACGAAAGAAACACCCUUAGCCUGCUUAACUUGCCUGCCAACGUCGUCUGCCAGCAAACCUCAAAGACGGAGUCAGAGUCUUAUGAUAGUUCAUAUGAGCAGCGUUUGCCCAUCCUGGCCGACUUGGUCCUGUACUACUGCCGCUAUGCUGCCCGGCCAGCUCUGAUCCAGCUCUAUCAGGCUGAGUUGACGUUAGCUUGUGGAGAGAGGAGGACCGAGGUGUUCGUCCACUCCCUAGAGUUGGGUCACACCGCAGGAACACGAGCCAUCAAAGCCAUGGGUGCUGCAAGUAAACGUUUUGGUAUUGACGGUGACCGAGAAGCAGUGCCUCUAACAUUGGAGGUGGUGUACAACAGGGUGGUGAUUAGUGGAAGAAGCCAGUGGAAAAGAGACACCAAAGUCUGCACUUCAGUGAACUUAACCAAAGCAUGCAAGAAUCCUGAGGAACUAGACUCAAAGAUGGAGUGUCUGCAGCUCACAAUGACUGAGGUGCUGAAGAGACAGAACGGUAAAAGCAAGAAGGGCUACAACCAGCAUCUGAGUGUGACAGAGGUGAAGGUGGACAAGGUGCAAGUCAGCGGUGCUGGAAACACAACCUUUGCUGUGUGUCUGGACCAGGAUGAGAAAAAAAUACUGCAGAGUGUCACCAGAUGUGACAUCUCAGUGUGCUAUAAACCUGACAGCUCCACUGACUGGAGGCUAAGAAAAUCCCGGACCUCAGCCCAAAUCCAGCCUCUCAACCCCACCUUCUGUUCCCUCCUGUGUCUGCCCAUAGUCACUUUCAGUGGGGCUCUUCCCUGAGACUGUUGACCACUGGUUUGAGUGGUUUGAAAGGAAGGAUUACGUGAUUACGUGCAAUGUUAUUUAUAUUCUCUGAAUAACAGAAACUCACAGCAGAGGGAAAGUACACAGGAAAUAAAGUUUUUUAAAUUUCCGCCUGGUGUCUUGAAGCUGCUGGGGUCAAGUUCACGUGAUGCCGGCCUCAAACGGCAGUGGCACACAACUGUUUGAAAGAUGAGGACUGAGGGGUAUUCAGGAAACUGCAGACCUGGCUGGCCGGUGUUCGUUUGUACAAAGAUGUGGAACUGAAAAACAGAGAGAUACAACUAUUCUAAUGGUGCAGAGUCCAGCCUUUUCUGUACAAAGCAAUCAUUCAUUGCUGUUAAGGAAACUGUUCAGUUUUGAUUCCACAGGUUUUAGUUCCUCUUUCCCUGUUGGCAGAGAAGUGACCACAGUAACAUCAGAAAGUGUACAAUAAAGAAUCUCAGAGGAGAAGGCACCCAAAACAAGCAACACCAACAUGUUGUAAUACGCCUGGCCCACCAAGAGACGGAAUGUAAAAAUAGAUCAUGUUGGAGUGAAAGUUUAUGAACCUAUGUAGGCUGGAUGAGCCUACAUAGACAUACAGGACCACAGAGAUGUUUUACACCUGUUGACCAGACUAAUAUGUAAUGCCUCCAUCACGGGUCAUUAUUGGACAGUGUGAUUAUAUCUGAGAAUGGACACUAUGGACUUCAACAAUAUGUGAAUAUUAUGUUUGUAAAAUAUUGUAUUGCAUGUGAUAACUUGAAUGUUACACCAUAAUGUUUUAUGUCUGUUAUACGUGGGCUUUUAAUAAUAACUUUCCUCCGAAGGCGCUACAGUGACGUCACUGGUUUAACUGGAGUUAUAAAUAUAACCAGCAGAGGGCUCUGGUGACCAAAGACUUAAGUUGACGUACAGAUUACUUUAAGUUUAACAACACAGAGUCGGCCUAUUUAAAGUCUUACAUUGUACUAACUAUAAUGGAACUGUCUAUGUCAUAUUUUAGCUCUUGUAACACAGAUGAUUUAUAAAAUAUAAAAUUGAUAUGGUGCUGAAAAAUACAUUCUGAUGCAUGUUUUCUUUUGUAAAAAAAAAAAAAGAUAACUGAUUCCUUGCACUUUGUAUAUUUUAUUGUAACUAUGACAUUUUGAUGAAAAUCUUAUGUUUUGUUGCUGUAAAGGGAUAAUAUCCUGAUCACCGAGACUGAAAAACUGCAUAAAAAUAUAUUUUAAGGAAUCUAAGCACUUGAUCGUUAGAUUAAAUAAAUGAGGUACUUUUAUGUUUAGAUACAUAUGCAACCUGGCACCACUGUCCUCUCUUACAUGCCUUCUCCGAUGGAAAUGUUGCAAAUGCAAUUUUAAUUUUAUAGAUGUAUGUGUAUAAUAUGUAAUAGAUCUAAAAUUGAAUCUUCAUUAAAAUAUACGUCCAUCUUGUAA